GAGAUGGGGCAUUCAGGAGCGGAAGCUCCGAGAACUGGGGGUUCGGCCCGCUGGGAAACACUGGUCAGGACCUUGCUGUGAGGAGGAGACUGGGGUGCUGGGAAGGGACGAGUCGCUGAGCGGGGGUGCCCUGAGGGUCGCUGGGAUGAGGAUCUCCACAGCUGUGUACCAUGUGAUUAGGCAAAAAGGUAUAAUCUAGUGCUGGCAGACAGAGCCAGGCCCAUUCCUAUUUUGGUCUCUGAAGCAUUUCUUCUUUCCUGAAAGGGAUAUUUUUUAAAGGAAUAACGUGAUACACUGUUAAGGUACUCCUUUACAAAAUGGGAUUUAUAGGGAAAUUAAUGCUAAUGUAUCUUUUACUAAAUACAUAUUUUUAAACAUAAAAAAUUUAGGGUUUAUUAACUACUAUCAGACCUCGUAGGUUAGAGAAUGUCUUUACGCCCAGCUCCAGGACAGAAAAGCAGAGGGAUAGUGAGAGUAAUAUUUUGGGACUUUAUGCGUUGCUUUGGAGCAAAGAAGUUUUAGUUUCUGUGACCUACUUUGGGAAAGAGAAAUUUGUGUUUCUUUUUUUUAAAUUUAUGGUUUUUCAAGUCAGGUUCUUGCUAUGUAGUCCAGGCUGGCCUCACAGUUUGCGUUUCUCUGUCUUGAAGAAUGGAGAGAUGGAGAACGGGAGGUCAGAGAAACACUUUUUCUUCUUUGAGACAAGGUCCCAUUAUGUAGCCCAGGUCGGGCUUGAACUCAUCAAGGUCCUGUCUUUACUCUCCGAGUGCUGGGAUUACAGGCAUUCUUCGCUAUGCCCAGCUAACACUUUACUUUUUAAAGCUUGCCUAUGAGGGCCCAAAAUCCUGUACUUUGGAUAUGGUUUUCUGAGUGCCAAUGGGAUGACACAGGACAUCUGUUUAACAGCACCACAGAAAAGAUUAAAGGUGGUAAUGUAUUUCAGGUUUCUGCCUGUAGAGUCCUGGUAGUAAGGUGCCAGGUGACACGGAAAUACAAUGCUAAGGUACCCCAUAGGACCCAGGGAUUCAGUCCAGGGACUGGCCUGUCUUCGUAGUUCCCUAAUCCCUUUGGAGUCUUUCUGCUUUCCUCCUGGUGUUUUUGUUUUGUUUGUUUGUUUGUUUGUUUUGGUGCUGGUAAUAGAACUCAGGACCUUGUGCUUGCUAGGUAGGCACUGUGCCACUGAGCUAUUUCCCCAGCCCUUUCCUCUCUGUUAGAAGGGCAGUGGGCCUUCUACCAUCCAUUAAUUCUGAUUGACCUUCAUUGAAUGAAGCGUUUGCCUCCACUUAGCCUGGCCAAGGAAAUGGAGUCACAUGUGGUGAAGAGAUGACAUGUACUGCAUAUAUCUUUGGCAGCUCAGUGAGGUAUAGUCAAGGAAGCUUCAUUUGUCUCUAGUAUAGGACUGAUACGUUCCUGUGCCAGAACAAAGGUGGCCCUCUCAGGAACCAGAGUCCUGUUGAUAAAAGAUUUGGAUCCUGUGGCUAGAGAAGUCAGGGAGACAGAUUGUGCCAUUCUGAAUGGAGCCCAUGCAAAAUGGAGCCCAAACCUGUGAUGGAUGUGGCGUUCUCAUAUUUAAAGAGCAGGGUGGGGCUGAGGAAAGAGCUCUGUGGUAGAAUCCUUGUCUGGGCUGUGCAAAGUCCCAGGUUCAGACUUUAGCACCACCACAAGAAAAACAACCAACAAGUUGAAUGGCAAAGGGAGGCUUCUUAGAGACAAUGACUUGAAAAUGAUCUAGAAUAGAGAAGUCUUUCUGUCCAUAUCUUGGUUGCCCAUUACAAACUGAUGAAACCUGUGGACUCUUCCUUAAGGAAAUAGUUUCAAAUGUAUGAAAUAAAAUGUGUAGAGAUGGUGGCACACACCUGUAGUCCCAGCACUCAGGAGGCUGAGGCAAGAGGAUCACUGGCAAGUUCAAGGCCAGCCUGGACUCCAUAGUGGGUUGGAGGCCAGCCUAAACUGCAUAGUGAGGCUCUGUCUUAAAAAAAAAUAAAAGGUUUGGGAAGGUAGCUCAGUGGUAAAGAGCUGCUGGGACUCAACCCCCAUUACUGCAAAGAAACAAAUUAUAUAGAGUUACAAUGGAAAUAAACUAUAUUGAAAGAUGCAUCUGUAAUCUCAGCUCUCAGGAGGAUGAGGCAGGAGGAUUGCUGCAUGUUCGAGACCAGCCUGAGCUAUAAAGUCAUUCAGAUUCUGGGAGAUAAGUUUCCAUGCACGUUGGUGGCACAGAAAAUUGACCUGCCGGAGUACCAGGGAGAGCCAGAUGAAAUUUCCAUCCAGAAGUGUCGGGAGGCUGCAUGCCAGGUGCAGGGACCCGUUCUGGUGGAGGAUACCUGUCUGUGCUUCAAUGCCCUUGGUGGCCUUCCUGGCCCCUACAUAAAAUGGUUCCUGGAGAAGUUAAAGCCUGAAGGGCUGCACCAACUCCUGGCCGGCUUCGAGGACAAGUCAGCUUAUGCCCUCUGCACGUUCGCGUUCAGCACAGGGGAUCCCGGCGAGCCUGUGCACCUGUUUCGGGGCCGCACCUCAGGCCAGAUUGUAGCCCCCCGAGGCUGCCGGGACUUUGGCUGGGACCCCUGCUUUCAGCCCGACGGAUACGAGCAGACGUAUGCUGAGAUGCCCAAGGCCGAGAAGAAUGCCAUCUCCCACCGCUUCCGGGCCCUGCUGGAGCUGCAGCAGUACUUUGGCAGCUUGACUCCUGGGGGUGUAGGCACCUCUGGCUGGGGAUCUGGGGAGAGCUAGCCAGGGACUCCCACUUCAGGCAGGAACCCCAGGGCCUCCAGGCAUUCAGUGGGGAUGUGGAGGCAGCUUUGCUACAGUCUGGAAGGGCUGUGGCUCUGUUCACAGACGUCCUGAGGAGGUUAAAGCCAGUCUUGUCCCCAGGGGUUACGCUCAUAGCCUCCAGGUUAGGAUCCUGAGAGGACCUUGGUGAAAAAAAUGAGCCUUGGCAGGAUUGAAGGCUUGGGGAAGAACUGGGUAAACAGCCUUGAUGUUUUUAAAAUGCAGCAAGUAAAAUUUCCGGAAGGAACUGGUUUCCAAAAUAAACUGGAUAUAUUUGCUUUGAA